CCAUUCAACCAUUCAGGAUCACCAGGCACGUGUGUCUGUCAGGACACCGAAGUGGUAAUCGCUGACACGCAGGCAAUGCUCGCUAACGAAGGUGCUACACCGCCAUCGAAGGCCACUAAGCUUCCGCCGUCCGAAUCAUCCGAGCGGCCACACGCCAAAUCAGAUGAUGAGCAAACGGCCGAAGAACUGUCGAAGUUUUCAGCCGAAUUAUUCCGUGAGAUGAAGCAUGCUGACGAAUCCAAGCCACUAGACUAUGCUAGGCUUCGGAAACAUAAACACAAACGCCUACGCAAGCACUAG